AUGUUUGAAUUAAUAAAAGUCGUUACAUGUUUAAGCUAUAAACUUCAAGUCUAUAGUCACGAAAUUAUGCCAAAUCUCAGUCCUGGUGAAAUCGUUGCAGUAUUUUAUAAGAAAUGGAACAAGUGGAUUCGAGCAAAAAUUUCUGGCUCAAAAGAAGAAUCAAAAACUCUUAAAUUGUUUCUUAUUGAUCAUGGCCAUUACAUCCACUUUGAUGCUAGCAAAAGUGAAUCAAAAAGUCUUCAAAAAAUUCCCAAACACCUCAAAAUGGUUACUCCAAUUAUACUUCAAGGUUCACUGGGACUUACGUCUGUUCAAAUCGUCAAAGACCGAGCUACAUUAAAAGACAUUUCGGAUCCUGUCAAAGUUUGGGAUCAUAAAGCAAUCGAGUUUGUUAAACGCUUUCAUGAACAUCGUGAUUGUUAUGAUUUCUCAUUCUUGUUGCAAGAAAAACGCUCUGAUCAUAUUCAUGUUGGUGAAUUAAUUGCAAAUAAUAGAAAUAGACCGGAAAUUAUUUUAAUCGGAGAUAAAUUAAUAUCAAACGGUUUUGCAGUUAAAGAUAACAUGAAAGAUUCUCAUUUGAAACCCACGAAGCAACAAGUUCUUUUGAAUUCCAAUCCAGAUCAAGUUGAUAAUAAAAAGAAAUCGUCAAAAAUGUCCGAUUUUUCUUCCAAAUACAACAAAAAAGAAGAAACUGAAAUGCUUAAUAAUUCUGAAGCUCUUUGCAAUAUUCAAGACAUUUCCAUUCGUAAACCUAGACUUGAAAUAUUUAAGCCAACAACAGAAUCUAAAGAGCCAUUUACAUCAAUCACGGACAUUUUUCUCUAUGGGAAAAACCAAAAAAAAGCUUAUGAAGCUUUUAAUGAAGUUCCAAAAGAAUGGAAAAACAAAGAAAAAUUAUCCGAAUCAUUUGGAAAACUUCAGUCAUACAUUUGGCCUCAAAUUUAUUCUGAUCUUCCUGUCAUGAUUGUAAAUGAUAACAAAAAUUCCUCUCAUUUACUUUACCUUCCACCAUUAAUCAAUUUGAUUGAGAAAAAUCGAAGAAAUAUUGAAUCCGAUGGAAUGGGACCGAUUGCCAUAAUAGUGACGAAAUCAGUAGCUGACGUGAAAGUUAUUUUCAAUUAUUGUUCAUUUAUGUUUCCUGAUUUAAUGAUUGUUGAGUUGGUUAAAAUGAUGGACAAGAAAGUUGAAAUUAUCAAUGGUUGUGAUUUGCUUAUAUCAACACCGGCAGCAUUUAAUCGUUUGAUUAAAGGAGUUUCUUUUAAUAUUAUCGAUAAAAAUCGAAUAAAGCAUUUGGUCUUGGAUAGGGUUGACGAGAUACUCGCUGAAUUUAAGAAUGAAUUAAAAUCAGUCAUGAAAUAUUGCACGAAUGGCUCAUCAAAUACUGAAAAGAACCCUCAAAUUAUUGUCACAGCAAGUAUGUGGACUAAGCAUUUGGAAUAUUUUAUGAAUUCAUUCAAUCAAAAUAAGCUCAUUUUAUGCAUCAAAAAUUUCAUAGAAGUUGCGGCAUUUAUUGGGUGCAAAAUGAAGCUUGAAUUGAGUUUGGAUAUUAAACACAGAAUUUUUAAACUGGCAAAUGAACUCAAGAAAGAAUUUGAUGAAAAAACUGAGAAAAAAAUUCUUGUAGUUGCAAAGACUGAAAAAAAUCUUACAGAAUUAUCAAAGGAGUUGAAGGAGCUCGGCAUAAAUUUCCAAUUUGUUGAUGAGAAAAAUUACAAUAACUUUGAAGAAUGUUUUGGACUUCUUUUGAUAUCAGAUCGGAUUCUUGAUAAAGCCAAGAUCAGAAACGUCGAACACUUAAUUCAUUUUGAUUUCACAAAUCGGAAUUCAUUCUCUCGACGGUUCGAUUCGAUGGCUGAAAAUUUUUAUAAAAUGGCUGAGAGUAAGAUAAAAAAUCCCUCAAUUUCUUCUACAAUCUUUGUUUCCGAUGAAAACACUUCUGAACUUACCAAACUCAUCAAGUUUUUGAAUGCAGGAAAGAUUUGGAAUAUACCUGAAAAUAUCCUGAAAACUGUUGAGAAAAUCAAUAAUUACAAUGAGCUUUCGAAAAGUGAACAAAAAGUUCGUAUUUGUGAUGGCGUCUGGCAGUAUGGAAGCUGUAAGGAUUCUUUGUGCUUAUUCCGUCAUCAUCUUUUCAAAGAGUUGGAUCAACCAUCAGCUCAUCUCAUUGAUGAAAGUGUCAUAAAAUUUGAAAUUAUGUCAAUUAGAAACCCAACUAGUUUCAUAAUUAAAAUCAUCUCACAUAACAUCUCACAUAGCAAAAUGAUUUCUUUGGAACAGGAAAAUAAAAAAACUGAAAGUUUUCUUGAUGAGGACUUUCAGGAAUUUUUUAAUGAAAAAGAAAAGCAACAGAGAACUGAACUAAAAGUCGGACAAACUUAUGCAGUUUUUACUGAUUCUAAAUGGCAUCGAUGUGAACUUAUUGAAAUUACGAAUAAAAAAAUUGUCAAAGUUUAUUUGAUUGACAUCGGAGUUGAAAUUCCAUGCAAUGAGUCGAAACUUUUUCAACUUCCUAAUCGAUUUAUGAUCAUCAAGCCUUUAAUUUGUAAACUGAAAGUUUUAAAUCUUGUUCCAAUCGAUAGAGAAAGGUUUUGGGAUUCAGAUGCCAAUGCUGAAAUAUCAAAUUUAAUUAAAUUGAGUAAGAUCUUCAUCUGCAGAAUUCAAAUGGCGGUUCGUGAUAUUUUAUUCACGGAAUCUUUUGAUGCUGUUGAUGACAAAACUGGAGUGCAUAACUUGAGACUUCGAAAGAAAAUGCUUGAGAUGAACAUUUGUUCAGUUGACGAAAGUGUUGGAGAAAAAUUACGAAGCAUAAUUAAAGAUGUUGGAAUUCUUUAUGAUACAAAAGAUCUUCGAAAUGAUUCUGCAAAAGAAAAUUCUUCAGAAAAUUAUGAAAAAAUUUGUGAAAUUGAGAAUUGGAAGCAACUCAGCUUCAAGUCUUGCUACAAAAUUAAAAUCACUCACUUUAUAAAUCCCGAAUCAUUUCUCGUCAUUCUUCCAUCUUCAAGUAACAAAGUUUUAGAAAACGCUUUGAAGAAAAUUGAAAAUUUCAAUCUUUGCGAGCCUUUAAGGAAAUUUGAAAUUGGCGGCGUUUGUGGAGUUCAUCGUGAAAUAUUUUAUCGUGGCAAAAUAAUUCAACUUGGAAGUGUAGAUGAUGAUGAUGACAUUCAAGUAUUGUUAGCUGAUUAUGGAGAUGUAAUCAAAUGUAAGAAGUCGGAAUUAAUGGAACUUCCAAAUGAAUUAGCAUCCAGAAUUUCAUUUCAAGUCAUUCAUUGUCGAAUGGUUGGCGUCCGACCAAAGUUCAACAUGAAAUUGUGGCCGCAACUUCAACGUCAAUACAUUAUGAAUCUCAUUAGUGAAUAUGAUGAAUUGUUGAAGAUUUGCGUUAUAAAACGAAAUGAGAAAGGACACGAUAUGAGUAAAUUAGGAAUGAAUUCUUACGAUGUCCUUCUUUUUGAUUUUCGAAAUGGAUCGCAUAUCGAUGACAUAAUUGUGAAUAAAAAGUUUGCUGAUCGCGAGAAAAUAAUGAAUUGUGAAGAAAUUAACGCAAUAAUUGAGAGUGAAGUUAAUGAUAAUUGUUAUGAAAUGGUAACAAAUGGAAAGCAAGACAAUGAAUUGUCGGAAGAUCAAAAAGAUUAUCAUUUGGAAAUUUUGAAAAGAUUACUUGAAAAUAAAUUAGCCGAAAAUUCUCCAAUCGAAGAAAAACAGGGAAUUGUUGAAAAAACAUACGAAAAAAAUCCUUCUUUAAGUCCAUCAAAGCCUGACGAAUUGCCUCUGCAGAAAGUUGUGCCGAUGAAUUAUAUUUAUAAACAGCCUCGAAUUGACUGGUGGCAGAACGAUGUUGUCGUUUAUCUUUUGAUAUCAGCAGUCGAUUGUGAGAAUUAUAGCUUAAUGCUUUCCAGAUUUAAAGGAAAUUUCACUGAUAAUUUCGAUUACGAAGAUUUAUUUGAUGAUGAAGAUGAAUUUGAAAUAUCAGAUAAUGGAGCAAAAAUGAAAUUAGAGAAAGAUGAGAAACACAAAUGGCAAACAAAAAUGAAAGAACUUGAAACAAAAUUGCAUGAAAUUGAAUGUGAAAAUUCACAAUUAAGCAGAAAAAAAAAAAAAUGUUUACUGGAAGAAAGUUCGAGGAGAAAUUCUGAUGAGCUUGAAAGGCUGAAAUCAAACCUCAUUGACAGUCAAGGUGUUGUUCAAGAGGAGCACAAUCGGUUAGCUGAAACAUCAAGAGAUCUUGAAGAAAGAAUCAAAUAUUAA